CAGGAGGUGGCAUGCAAAAACCGGUGAGUUUCUUUGCCCUCCUCUCUGCAUUCACCCCUAGAUCAUUCAGCCUCCGCCGAGCCAGAACACACACCGGAGGUAGAGGGGAAACGCGCAACAGCCAUGGCCUCGCUCCGCAUCCUUUCAGUGAUCGCCGUGGUCGCCAUCUUUGCCCUCGCCGGCACCGCCGUCGCCAAUGACCUCCCCGACUACAUUGUUCAGGGACGGGUCUACUGCGACACGUGCCGUGCCGGGUUCGAGACAAAUGUCACCGAGUACAUCAAGGGUGCCAAGGUGAGGCUGGAGUGCAAGCGCUUCGGCACUGAGAAAGUUGAGCGCUCGAUCGACGGUGUAACCGACGAGACUGGCACUUACAAAAUCGAGCUCAAGGACAGCCAUCCGGAGGAUAUCUGCGAGAUGGUUCUUGUCCAGAGCCCCCUCGCAAACUGCAACGAGAUCCAGGAUCUCAGGGACCGCGCCGAGAUAGUCCUCAGCAGGAACGUUGGCAUCAGCGACAACAUCCGCAUGGCCAACCCACUCGGCUACCUCAAGGACAAGCCGCUGCCCGUCUGCCCUGACCUGCUCAAAACGUUCAACCCUACCACUGAUGAUGAUCACUGAGCAGGCAGACCGCCAACAUGGUACCACUGGAGAGGCUGCUGCACCACAACAAUAAAUCUGUUAUCUGGCAUGCAAAUAGCAUGGUUGUAUCAGCAGAGUACAGCAUCAAUGCAUAGCUGUAUCUAAUGCUACUUACAGCCUUGUGAUGUACCAGAUCUUGCCAUCGAUUCUUCUUCUGCAAGCUGUAACAAAUCUUUUCAACAAAAGUCACCAUCCAUCUAACCUGAUAGGAACAAUGCCAUUUCAUUUCUUUCUAAAUUACCAACUUCAGAAAUCGCUCAUGUUAGAUAACGCCUUGGGUGUAAUUUACACCCAUGGCACUGUGUUUCUAUUACAUCACAUAAGAGGAAGUAUGAACUAUUUCUA